CACCGAGGGGUUUGGCACCAGCACCCCGCCCAGAGCAGUGCCGCUGCCCAAAUCCUCGCAGGCAGCUCAUCAACGCAAUCGCAACUCCGGGUGGAGUCCCGGGCCUGCAAGCCUGGGUGUCCGUGGGUCCGUCUGCCCGGCCAUCUGCUGGUGGCACCUCUCCUUCCUGUCCCUCCUGCUGUGAGCCCCACCUUGCAGAAGUGCAGCUGGCCCUGCGCAGCCCGGGAGCUCAGCAUGCGUCCCCCAGGAUUCAGGAACUUCUUGCUGCUGGCGUCCUCCCUCCUCUUCGCUGGGCUGUCAGCUGUUCCUCAAAGCUUCUCGCCUCCGUCUCUGAGGAGCUGGUCGGGCGCCGCCUGCAGGCUGUCCCGGGCCGAGUCGGAGCGCCGGUGCCGCGCGCCAGGGCAGCCGCCAGGGGGCGCUCUGUGCCACGGCCGCGGCCGGUGCGACUGCGGCGUGUGCAUCUGCCACGUGACCGAGCCGGGCACGUACUUCGGGCCCCUGUGCGAGUGCCACGAGUGGGUGUGCGAGACCUACGACGGGAGCACCUGUGCAGGUACAUGUCACUGUGGCAGAUGUAAGUGUGAUAAUUCAGAUGGAAAUGGACUUGUUUAUGGUAAAUUUUGUGAGUGUGAUGAUAGAGAAUGCAUAGACGAUGAAACAGAAGAAAUAUGUGGAGGCCAUGGGAAGUGUUACUGUGGAAACUGUUACUGCGAGGCUGGUUGGCAUGGAGAUAAAUGCGAAUUCCAGUGCGAUAUCACCCCCUGGGAAAGCAAGCGAGGAUGCGCAUCUCCAGAUGGCAAAAUCUGCAGUAACAGAGGGACUUGUGUAUGUGGUGAAUGUUCUUGCCACGAUGUUGAUCCAACUGGAGACUGGGGAGAUAUUCACGGGGACACCUGUGAAUGUGACGAAAGGGACUGUAGACCUGUCUAUGACCGAUAUUCUGAUGAUUUCUGUUCAGGUCAUGGGCAGUGUAACUGUGGAAGAUGUGACUGCAAAGCAGGCUGGUAUGGAAAAAAGUGUGAGCACCCACGAUCCUGCCCACUGUCGGCUGAGGAGAGUCUCAAGAAGUGUCAGGGAAGCUCUAAUUUGCCUUGCUCUGGAAGGGGUAAAUGCGAGUGCGGCAAAUGCACUUGCUACCCUCCAGGAGAUCGCAGGGUGUAUGGCAAGAUGUGCGAGUGUGAUGACCGCCGCUGUGAGGACCUCGAUGGUGUGGUCUGUGGAGGGCAUGGCGCAUGUUCCUGUGGCCGCUGUGUGUGUGAGAGAGGGUGGUUUGGAAAGCUCUGCCAGCAUCCGCGGAAGUGUAACAUGACGGAAGAACAAAGCAAGAGUCUGUGUGAAUCAGCAGAUGGCAUAUUGUGCUCGGGGAAGGGUUCUUGUCAUUGUGGAAAGUGCAUUUGUUCUGCCGAAGAAUGGUAUAUUUCGGGGGAAUUCUGCGACUGUGAUGACAGAGACUGCGACAAACAUGAUGGCCUCAUUUGUACAGGGAAUGGAAUAUGUAGCUGUGGAAACUGUGAAUGCUGGGAUGGAUGGAAUGGAAAUGCAUGUGAAAUCUGGCUUGGCACAGAAUAUCCUUAACAAUCACAUGGGAGAGGACUGGAGUCUUACUUUCUAGGCCAUUAGAACAUAUAAAUGCAAGGAAACCAUGUAUAAUCACCACUAGGACAGGUUCAACAGACCGUUGUAUGUUUUUCUAUUUCUGAAUGCCUGAAUGGAAUCUGGAUACUCAUUACAAAUGAGUUAACCAAACUCUGUUAUAAAUAACACUAAAAGACUUUUUCUUCUAUAAUAAACAUGAGUGGUUCUCAACGAGGGCAAUUUUGCCAUCCAAAAGACAUUUGGCAACGUCUACAGAUGAUUUUGAUGGUCACACUGGAUGGGGUGGAAGGGUGCGGUACAGGCCUCUAACCGGUAGAGGCCAGGGAUACUCUGAACAUCCCACUGUGCACAGGACGCCCCUGUGACAAAGGACUGUGUGACUCCAAAUGUCAGUAGUGCUGGAGUUGAAAAACACUGAAUUACAAAGUUGUUAGAAAUCCACAUUCCUGCACAAGAAAGACUAUAUUAGAAUCUAAGGAAAAGAUACAUCUUCACGUAAAUCAAUUGAUGAGAUUUUUCCCGAAUUCUCUAUCACUCAGCAUCUCCAUAUGGGAAUAGUAAAGAUAACACACAUGAGGUAUAAUGUCAGCUUGGGGGUGGAUCAAGGGAAGAGUCUGGUCAUUUUUAGCCAUAAAGUCAUUUGUCUAAUCUCACUUUAAACUUGCAAAAGAUUAUCUUAAGAUAAAGGAAGAAAUUAUGAAAAAUGUACAAUUUAACAUUUUUAAUAAAUAGCGACAGAAGUUGUUUA